AUGCCACCCAGAUUAGAGACAAUGCAGCGUCUAGGCGCUAUGAAGCUCUGCCUUCGACCUGCGACAACCGCGUCCAGGACGUCACUCACGCCGCUCAUCCAGACGGCCAACCUCUCGCAGCGAGAGCGCACGCGCAAGGCCAAGCAGGACCCGUACCGAUGGGCGCAGGCGCAGCAGCGCAAAAACGCCAACCUCAAGCGCCGGGGCGAGCUACAGGCCGAGCGAGACUCCCUCCUCGGCGACCCCAUCUGGGGCCGCACGACACCUUUUCUCGAAUCCCUCAAGACCGCCGACCAGCCCACCGCCGUCGCCGACGGCAGCGCGACCGGCGAGACGCCGCGCAGCCACUACCUCACCGACGCCGAGAUUGAUGAAGUGGCGCAACACGCGCACGCGCUGACCAAACCCGUCGUCGGGGCCGUCAGCUCGCAGAUUGACGAGCCCCUCGGCGAGGGCGCGGCCUCUCAGCAUGAUGAGCGGCACGCGCGCGCCGUCGAGGCGCUCCGCCGCAUCACCGCCCUCGACAACGGCUGCAAAAAGGACCGCUACCAUUUCAACGUGCGGCGCAUCGUCGACGAGUUUGGGCGGCACAGCACCGACGGCGUGGUGGCGCCAAAACCCGCCUCCAUUAACCCCAACACCGUCGAGAUGCCCCCGCGCGCCGGGCCCGACACCGGCUCGUCCGAGGUGCAGGUGGCCAUCCUCACGGCCAAGAUUCGCAACCUCGCCGAGGCGCUGUCGGAGAAUCGCGGCUACAAGGACAUCCACAACAAGCGCAACCUGCGGCUCAUGCUACACAAGCGCCAGAAGCUACUCCGGUACAUGGAGAAGAAGGAAAAGGGCAGCGGUCGCUGGACAAACAUGAUUGAGAAGCUGGGCCUGACGCCGGCCAUGUGGAAGGGGCAGAUUGAGCUGCGAUAA